UGAAAGCUCGUCCUCGUCGCUUCUUUAUAAAAAUUGAUAGUACUAUCAAUACGGAAAAAAACAAAAAGACAAAGUAAUCCAUAAAACUUUAUCCAUAUGGUUAGAACUUUUUCGAUUUUUUUAUUAUUAUUUUUUUUUCAAUGCUCCCUGUUACUAAAAAUGGUUCCGCUGUGCAUCAAAAGACUUUUUCUAGUGAGGAAAUUUAUUUUUGCGGUUUGAUUACGACAUGAGGAUGGAUUCGAAUAAUAGCGAUGAAACUAACGGAUUUUAUAGAACGUUCUUCCGCAGCUGCGGAAAUGUAAAUCGAGUUCUUUCAUAGUGGAAAAAGAUGCAGGAUAUUACGUAUAAGAAGAGCCAGAUCAGUAUGCCGUGAACAAUAUGGAGACCACGAUAUCAAUCAUCACGGAGGCCAACAUCACCGAGAUAAAUUCUGAUGAGGAAAAUUUGACCAACUACAGUUGUGAUGAACUAUUCAAUAGCGGAAGUGUUCUCUCGAGAACGUGGUUUCAGACAACGAUUUAUAUUUUGUAUACGACAGUUUUCGUGGUUGCACUGGUUGGUAAUGUCCUAGUCGUUUAUAUCGUGCACAGCUGUCCUCGAAUGAAAACUGUUACAAAUUACUUCAUCGUAAACCUAGCUGUUGGGGACAUUCUUAUGGACCUCUUCUGCGUACCUACCACCUUUGUUAGUACUUUAAUACUACAAUAUUGGCCCUUUGGCCAGGAACUUUGCCCCAGCGUCAAUUAUUCUCAGGCAGUAUCUGUUUUAGUAAGCGCCUACACGCUGGUUGCGAUAAGCAUAGAUCGCUUUAUGGCGAUUAUGUGGCCCUUAAGACCACGAUUAUCCAAAACACAAGCAAAAUUACUAAUCCUUGCUGUGUGGUUGCUGGCUCUAAUCGUGUCCUUCCCAAUUGCCCUCGUAUCUAAAUUGAAUCAACCACAUCCACGAUACAACGUCUGUGACCGCUACAUGUGUGAGGAAAUUUGGCCAUCAACACAGCAAAAGUAUUAUUGCAGGUAUUAUUACUCUAUCGCCUUGUUGGUCCUGCAAUAUCUGGUACCACUUCUGGUUCUGAUGUUUACGUACACCAGAAUUGCCAUCAUGGUGUGGGGCAAGCGACCACCCGGGGAGGCAGAAAAUACGAGAGACCAAAGGAUGGUCAGAUCGAAGAGAAAGAUGGUGAAGAUGAUGGUGACUGUGGUGAUAGUCUUCACAACUUGUUGGCUGCCCUUCAACGUUUUGAUAUUGGUAAUGGAAAGCAACCAAGACCUUUCAGGUCGACCAGGCUUUCCAUUUCUUUUUGUGGCACUCCACUGGCUUGCCAUGUCACAUGCUUGUUACAAUCCUGUUAUAUAUUGUUGGAUGAACCCGAGAUUUCGAACGGGAUUUCUUGCUGCCCUCAGCAGAUUUCCUGGAGUUAGCCACUGCGUUCCGGAUGUGGAGCAGCGAGUUUACACAAGCACUGCAGGUAUUCCCCUUACAGGGUUUGACGGACAGAAUCAUUCCGGUUUGAGGCGGAUGAAUACCUGUACAACAUAUGUCAGCAUGCGCCGGAAAAUUAAUGGAAGCGAAAGCGCUGUUGCAAGAAGCGCGAGUUUUCGGUACAACGAUUCUUUACAACCAACCUAUCAACAAACUCAACGUCACUUCCGCAAUCUACAAUCCCAGCCUGAGGAACAAAUAUAAACUCCACUUUCUCCGAAGAGAAUUUUACGUGUUUUUCAUUGUUUUUUAUUAUAUUAAGAUUGUAAAUAAAUAUGGUAUAUGACAUACAUAUAUUCUUAAUUGUAAGACGCGAAAUUCGAUAGUAGAGAAAUUGUAAAUCGUAUUCGUCUUUACACUUGAACGUACUAUAAAUGUAAGAGUAGAGAUACUCUUA